AUGGGGGAUCAAAAUAUCCAUGAAACCACUAGCCAAGUUCUAGGAAAUGUAAACAACAACAACCAUGAUGACCGUAUGAUUAAUAUUAAACCAAACAGAGAAGAACCAACUUCAUCUAUGUCUUCUGAGCCUAUGGAUGAGGAUGUAUGUGCAGUUUGUUUAGAAAAGCCUGCAGAAGGUUGCUGUAUCAGGCUAUGGUGUUGCAGUAACGUGUUAUGUGUAAAUGAUGCUCAGCAGGUUAGUCGAUGUCCUCUUUGUCGUAUGGUGCCCUUGGUGUGGGACAUUGUGAAGUAA